AUGAAUUGGAAAAAAAUUACAACUAUGGGAGUUAUGGUACUCGCUUCAGCUAUUGCAGCAGCUUAUUCAAGUGGUAGUGAAACAAUUUUAUGUCCAUUAGUGAAUCAUUGUGAAAAAGUUAAUGAAUGGGUUGAAAAUAAUGAUGUUCCAUAUGCAAAAUUCAAUUGUCAUAUAACAAAUAUUGGUAAUACACCAAUUGGUAAUGUUGUAAUGAGAUUAUCUGGUGAUGGUAAAACUAAAGAAGUUUGGGAAAUGGAAACAAAAGAUAAUGGUCAAACCUAUAAUUUCCCUCAAUGGAGACAACAACAACAAUUAGCAUUUAACCAAUCUCAUCCAUGGGGUUACACUGUUCAAGGUGGUAAAGAAUUAAAUGUUAAUUUAUGUGGUGGUGCAACACCAUAUACCAAUAAUUUACAAUCAAAUCAACAAACUCAAACUCAACAAAAAUCAUCCGAUAUUGUUUGUAACCUUUCAAAUAAAUGUACAGUUUCAAACCAAUGGAAAAACGGUGACCAAGUUAAUACACAAUAUAAAUGUUUUAUAACCAAUAAUGGUAAAGUUCCAGUAUCAUUCAUUGAUAUUCGUAUAAAUGGUAAUAGUGAUCUUUACAAUGUCUGGGAAAUCAUAACACCAAAUAAUGGUUUAUCAUGGGAUUUAACAUCUUGGAGAAUUGACAAACCAUUAGAAGCUACCCAAUCUCACGAAUGGGGUUACAUCAUCGUCGGUGAUAAACCAUUAGAUAUCCAAGUUUGUCAAAAUAGUCCAAUCCCAACUGUCACUCAAUCACCAUCACCAAUUUCAUCAAAUAAACAACAAAAAUCAAUUGUUCAACAAGAAGAAGCUGAUGGUUCAAGUUCAACUACUACUACCACAACCACCACCACCAAUCAAGAUCAAGUUGUUUGUACAGUCUCAAAUAAAUGUACAGUUGAAAAGGAAUGGAAAAAUGGUGAACAAAAGAAUAAACAAUAUAGUUGUGAAAUCACAAAUAAUGGUAAAGGUCCACUCUCACAUGUCGAUAUUCGUCUUAGUAAUAACAGUGCUCUUUACAAUGUUUGGGAAGUUUAUACUGUAAACAAUGGUCUCUCUUUUGAUGUCUCACCAUGGAGACUCGAUAAUCCAAUUCAACCAGGUCAAUCUCACUCUUGGGGUUAUAUCGUCAAUGAUGAUGUUGCUUUAGAUGUUAAAGUUUGUCAAAUGGGUACAAACUAG